UAUACGCUACAAAACUACAAUGUUAAAAUAGAGCAACUACACUACUCUUGCUUGCAACUGCCAAAUUAGAUCCGUUUUGCAGGUUUAUGUUUCCCAUACUAUUCUCAAUUUUUGUUACACUUUAUUUAACAAUGUCAACUUUCAUUAGCUGGAACCUCUCUAAUUCUCCAAUUUCUAUCUAACAACUUGGUUUUUUUGUAUGCUAAAAUAACACCAAUUGACUUAAUACCACCAACCAGGCAAUCUUGUUUUUCAUUAAUCUAUAUUUCCCAAUACUCUUUAAAUUGUGACAUCUCUUUUUGAAUAACACUCUCAUACUUCAUCACAUUCCACCUCCUCUAACAUGGCUUCCUUCAUUUGCUCUAUCCUCCUCACCUACAUUAUCCUCACAACCACCUCAGCCUCGGCCUUGACCUCCUUUCACCCUAAUAAAACGUUAGUCCUUACCGUCUCAAAAGACCCCUCCACACUCCAAUACACAACCAAAGUCAUCCAAAGGACUCCCCCCGUACCCGUACUAUUAACACUAGACCUAAGCACACCUAUCUCUUGGGUGCUUUGCGGUAACCGUUACGUCUCCACCACGUACCGCCCCGCUUCCUGCGGCUCUCCUCCCUGUAUUCUUGCCAACACCAAAAGAUGUAGGACGUGCGGUCCUACUCCUUUUAAAUCCGGGUGCAAUAAGAACACAUGUAGAACUCUCUCCCUUAAUAAUCCCUUCACCAACGUCUCUCCACGUAGAGGCGGCGAGCUAGCUACCGAUGUUAUCCGUAUCAACUCCACUGACGGGUCUAACCCAGGCCAACUCGUCACCAUGCCCAACAACCUCUUCGUUUGCGCGCCCAUGUCCUUGUUACAAGGCCUCGCGAAAGGAGUGUCCGGAGUUGCUGGUCUCGGGAGGUCUAAAACAUCUCUACCUACUCAACUUUCCUCAUCUUUCCGUCUCCCUCAAAAAUUCGCGUUGUGCUUACCUCCACUUAGGGAAAACGGUGUCGUAUUUAUCGGGGACGGGCCUUACAAUUUCUACCCUGGUGUAGAUGCCACAACCUUGCUUUCCUACACUCCUAUCAUCGCUAACUCGGCCCGACCCAACAACUACUUCAUAGGAGUACAAGGAAUCAAAGUCGGAAAUAAAAAUGUAACACUUAACAAGUCCUUACUAUCUAUAAAUCGUAAAGGUAGCGGUGGAACCAUGUUAAGUGUCAAUCACCCUUACACUCUUUUACAAUCUUCUAUCUAUAAGGCGGUCACUGCCGCCUUCGACGGACAACUACGGAACUCAUCUUUUCCUGCUAAAAGAGUUCCCCCGGUUAAACCGUUCCAGUUGUGCUACGACCCUACCUCGUUAAGUUACACGAGGAUCGGACCCGUGGUACCGGACAUCGACCUCGUGUUGCAAAGCAAGAAGGUGUUCUGGAGGAUAGCCGCGACUAACUCCAUUGUUAGGGCUAGUGAUAACGCGUAUUGUCUUGGUAUAUUAGAUGGAGGUAAAAACCCGAGGACGUCGAUUUUGGUAGGAGGGUUUCAAAUUGAGGAUAAUUUGCUACAAUUUGAUCUUGCUAAAUCAAGGCUUGGAUUUAGUUCUUCCUUGAUUUAUGAUCGGUUGAGAUGUUCUUUCUUCAACUUCACUUCUAAUGCAUUAUAAAAUUUAUAAUUGAUAAUUAAGUCAAAAAAUAAGGCAUAGGAUUAGAGCACUCCCAGCAGUGAGGAGAAAAGCCCUCACGAGUAAAAAUAAGGGUGUAAAAAAAAAAAUCCGAACACUACAUCAGUGAGUGAAAAAACACUCACCGAUGAGUGAAAAUAAAAACCCUCAAGAGUUGAGGGCUUUUGGUGAUGAACAGUAACAUGUGGCCCCCACUGCUUUUGUUGUUUUUUUACAACGGUUAUAUUUUGUAUUUGAAAUAUAACCGUUGUAAUUAUUUUAAAAAAAAAAA